UUGCACUGGACUUUGUAAAGACCAUUUAACACGCAAAGUUCAUAAAGUCAUUCGGGCCUUCGAUUAAUUGAAUUUUAAUUAUUCGUGUUUUAUCUGCGGCGAAAAUGUACAAAAAUGUGUUCCUGCCUUUUAACGGUGUUUUGGGGAAGGAGGACAUCCGCGAACACUCCAAACACCAAAUGGCAGAAAAACAACAGCAAUUUUCAUUAGUACCGAAAAUUAUCAACGGUGGAAUUGCUGGUAUAAUUGGUGUAACAUGCGUCUUCCCCCUGGAUUUGGUUAAAACGCGGCUCCAAAAUCAACAAAUCGGGCCUAAUGGAGAGAAAAUGUACAAGAGCUUGCCAGACGCGUUUAGAAAAGUAUACACGGCGGAAGGUUUCUUCGGAAUGUACAGGGGGUCGGCAGUCAAUAUUUUACUUAUAACGCCAGAAAAAGCCAUUAAACUAGCAGCUAACGAUUUCUUCAGAUACAAUCUGCAAACAAAAGAAAAAACACUUCCAAUGUUCCGUCAGAUGUUGGCCGGCGGUCUGGCCGGCUUAUGUCAAAUAGUCAUUACAACACCCAUGGAAUUGCUGAAGAUCCAAAUGCAGGACGCCGGCCGUGUCGCCGCUCAGGCGAAGCUGGUCGGCAAAACGGUUCCCAAAGUGUCGGCCACCGAACUUACAUUAGGCUUAUUGAAAAAACACGGCAUCCUGGGAUUGUACAAAGGCACCGGUGCCACAAUGUUGAGGGACGUUUCCUUUUCUGUGAUAUACUUCCCCUUGUUCGCCACCCUCAACGACUUGGGACCAAGGAAAAGUGACGGUUCUGGUGAAGCUGUGUUCUGGUGCUCGUUCCUCUCUGGUUGUGCCGCUGGCUCGGCAGCCGCCUUGUCCGUUAAUCCGUUUGACGUAGUCAAAACCCGUCUGCAAGCUUUAAACAAGGCCGAAGGUGAACGUUCAUACUCGGGAGUAGGAAACGCCUUUGUCAACAUCUUGAAAUACGAGGGUCCGACGGCUUUCUUCAAAGGAGGGUUGUGCAGGAUGAUAGUCAUCGCGCCGUUGUUCGGUAUCGCCCAAACAGUGUAUUAUCUAGGAGUGGCAGAGAAACUCCUGGGGAUCAGUAGAAACUAAAUAACGAAACCUGCCGUAAGACAUAACUCAUCCAAUCAAUUUCCGUAAUGUUUAAAGCAAUUUUAAGUAAUAAGUAAAUCCAAGACACGUGUAUUUAUUAUUAUUAUUUUAUUUAUGGUUUUUUUAUCGAUUUUUAUAUUAUUUUUGGUUCGUUCUAGGACCUAACAUGCUUUCUCAGAUGAAAACCUAAAUAUAUUUUGUUAUUGUUGAAUUACCGUUGUUAAUGCAUUUUUUUAUAGGUGAAUUGUUGUUAAAAUUUUAAUGUACAAUCAAGUGUAAUGACAAUUUAAAUAGUUUUUUGGAUGAUGUCAGUAUUUUUUAAUAUUAUUUAAUUGUAAAUAUUACGGCCAUACAACUGACAUUUUUCAAAUAAUAAUUGUUUAAAACAAUUACAGUAUUAUAUUUUAUUUUGCUACUUACUACAUUUGCUUUUUAUAUUAAUUUGAAAAAUAUUUUAAUCAUUUUAGCAAUAAUAAUCAUCUUACGGCAUCAGUCAAUUCUUAUACCAACAAGUAAUUAAAGAAUCAAAAUGACUUAUAUUAUUAAACUGCAGGGCACUAAUUUGUACAUCAAAAUCUACUAGUUUUUCAUAAAUAAGUUUCAUUGAUUCUGAUUCUGUUGUGAUAUAAGUUGAUAUGCCUUAUGAUUUACGUUUAAUUUGAAAAAAAAACAGUGAUUCAUAGACAAUACAUACCUCCUCAUAUUAAAAAAUUAUAUUAUAUUUUGUGAUUGGUGAUUGUUAAUUUUAAUUGAUGAUAUUUGUGCUAGUAUUACUUAAUUUAUGUAACUUGAACGUUACACUUUGUGAUUUGUUUUUUUACAGAAUUAUGAAAUUAAAAACAAAUAUUAGAUGUGCUUGUUGAAAAGAAUUUAGUCCAGCUGAAUUCUUACAAAUAGUUGUCAAUUUCAAAAAGUCUAACAAUAAAUGUAGAUGUUACCUAA